AUGAAGUACUCGGUGGACCUCGAUUUGAUUUGCGAUAGACUCUAUCAACUAGUCCUCAAACACCAGGAGCACUUUAAGGGAUCAGGAGAGCGGGAGGAACUUGACGCGUCCAUUUUCCAUGCUCGUAUUGCGCUUGGACUUCGUCCUAGAGGACAUGCCGAUCGCCCGAAGAUAUGCGGAAGUCUAGGACUUUCUCUCUGCCUGCGCAUGAAUCCAGGGGGAGAAAUGGAAGAUAUCGACCCAGAGGACAUCGAAGUUUUUCGUACUGCCUUGGAAAUUAUUCCAGAACACCAUUUCCUUCGUGGCAUGUUUCAGACGUUCCUUGCAAUGGCUUUGAGAAAGCGAUCUGAACUGUACCAGCACAGACAGACAGAGGACCUCUCUGAGGCCAUAGAGCUUAACUCUACUGCUCUAGCACUAUUCCCAGAAGGUCACCAUCUUCGUUCCGGGUGUGUUAGUAAUCUCGCAGGCCUCCUAGAGGCUCGAUUUCGACAAGAUAAACAAAUAGGGGACCUCGAUAAGGCCAUUGAACUUUAUCGUGAUUCUCUGAAGCUUCGCACACCCGCUCUGGAGCUUCAACCAGAACGCUAUCUCUAUUGGUCUUCAUUGUUGCAUGGCCUUGCACGUUCUCUGGAAAGUAGAUUUGAACAGAACGGACGGGUGGAGGACUUAGACGAGGCCAUCGGGCUUUUCUGUGCUGCUUUGGAUAUUCUCCCUACAAACCAUCCUAGGCGUUCCAUACUUCAGAAUGAUUUUGCAGCUUCCCUAAGAACCCGAUUUAAACUGCACCAUCAUAAAGAGACAGACUCCGAAGACCUCGAAAAGACCAUUGCACUAAACCGUGCAGCUCUGGAACAUUGCCCCAAAGGCCAUUCAGAUCAUUCCUCAUCUCUGAAAGAGCUUGCGAUCUCCCUGUUCACUCGGUUUAAUUGGCACGGACGGACAGAGGACCUUAACGAAGCCAUCACGCUUAACCGUGCUGCCCUGGAAGUUUGUCGUGAAGGCCAUCAUGAUUGUUACAUACAUUUGAACAACCUGGCAGCUUCUCUAAUUAAGCGAUUUACUCGGCUCGGCCAGAUAGUGGAUCUAGACGAAGCCAUUGAGCUUAACCGUGCUGCCCUAGACUGUCGUCCUGAUGGCUAUUCCGAUCAUUCCUCAUCUAUGAACAACCUUGCAGUUUCCUUGAUAACGCGAUUUAAACAGAAAGGACGGAUAGAGGAUCUCGACGAGGCCAUCGAGCUUCUCCGAUCUUCUCUGGAGUACUUCCCCAAGGCUCACCCUGAUCGUUCUUCGCUUCUAAAAAAUCUCGCAAGCUGCUUGUCCACUCGAUUUGGACAGCACUCACGGAUGGAGGACCUCGAGGAAGCUAUAGAACUGGAACGUGCUGCCCUAGAACUCUUAUCCGAAACCGAUCCUCUUCGUUCCUUAUGCAUGAAUGGUCUUGCUUGCAACCUUGCGAUUCGAUUUCAAUUUAUAGAGCAAAGUCGGGAAGUCGACCUCGACGAGGCCAUUGAGCUUCUCCGCGCUGCUCUGGAACUUGUUCCCAAAGGCCAUCCUAACCAUUCUAUGUAUCUGAAUAACCUUGCGAACUCCUUGAGAGUUCGAUUUGAACAACAUAACUGGAUAGAGGAUGUUGAUAAAGUCAUUGCGCUUCAUCGUGUUUCCACGACACUUUAUUCAGAAAGCCACCUUGAUCGCUCCGACUCUCUGAGUAGUCUCGGAUGUCCCCUGCAAAUGCAGCUUGAGCGUCAUGAACGGCUAGAAGACCUCAACGAGGCCAUUGCGCUUCAUCGUGCUGUCUUGGAACUUCAUCCAGAAGGCCAUCCUGAUCAUGCCAUGUCUAUGAGUAAUCUUGCACAUUCCUUGCAGAUGCGAUUCGAGCAGCAUGAACGGAUAGCGCGUCUCAAAAAGGCCAUUGCGGUUCAAAGUGUUAUGAUGGGACUUCAUCCAGACAGCCAUCCUGAUCGCUCUAUGUCUCUCAAUAGUCUCACACGUUUGUCAGUGCUCAGUGUUGAGGCGGUCAAAGUUACCUCUGGGGAGUCCUUGUCGGGUCUUGAGCAAGGAGGGACAGGAGAUCUCGAGGAGGCCAUUGAACUCCAUCGUGCUGCACUAGAACUUUGUCCAGAAGGUCAUCCCGAUCGUUCAGGAUCUUUGAAUCUCUUCCAUUUUCUGUUGUUCUCCCGAUUCAAUAAGUUUGGGCUCGUCGAGGAUUUUGAAGAAUGCGUACAAGUACUAGAAUCUGCUGCCGAACACGAAUUUUCUAGCUCUUUGAUCCGUCUCGAGUCAGCCUGUAUAUGGGCUACACUUGCUCACACCUAUGAUCACCCUACCACAUCUAAAGCUUACAAGCUCGCGAUGUUGCUUCUGCAGCGUGUUCUCAUUGCCAGUCCCACGCUUUAUGCACAGCACGACUUCCUCCGGGCCAGGCGGAAGGUGGACUUCAAAGCACUUACGUUAGACGCAGUAGCAUAUGCUAUAGAGGGAGAUCGGCUCGAAGAGGCUGUAGAGCUGCUCGAGCAAGGAAGGGGUUUGCUUUGGUCGCAGAUGCGCGGGUUCAGAACAACUGUAGAUCAGCUUAUGGAGACAAAUAAGGAGCUUGCAGAGAGGUUCAGAAGUAUCAGCUGUCAGCUAGAGAGCCUUGCAACGUCCUCCGAGGGUCUGGUGCCUGGUUUCAAAACAAACGACAGUGGAUCAGUUGCAUCGAAUGUAGAUACAGGGCAAAAGUGCUUUGACAGGAUGCUAAAGUUGAAGAGGCAGCUCUCUAAAGAGCAGGAGGAACUUAUCAACGAGAUUCGGCGGAUCCCAGGCUUCGAGAGCUUUCUAGCAGUGACACAAUUCAAAGUACUCCAGCAGGCGGCUUCGGAGGGACCGGUGAUUGUGAUCAACCAUAGUAUAUAUCGAUCCGAUGCGAUCAUCAUUCUCUCCCGCGAGGAUGUACCCAUCGUCUGCGUCCCAUUGGAUGCAGAGUUCUACGACGACAGCAUUGAAUUGUACACGGAGCUCCUGACAACGAGGAUCCGGUUCACUGCAAACUCGACUGAGUAUAACAGGAAGCUUGUCGGAGUAAUGAAGAUGUUGUGGGAUAGGGUUGUCUCCAAAGUUGUUGACAAGCUGAAGGACUACAGGAUCGCGGAAGGAUCGCGAAUAUGGUGGUGUCCUACCUCAGUGCUGUCUGCGCCCCCUUUCCACGCGGCAGGCCCAUUCGAAGAUACAAACGGCACUCCUAAAUAUCUAUUAGACGAAUACAUCUCGUCGUAUACUCCAACACUCGGAGCACUCAUCAAUGCACGAUCGGGUGGAAAUGGAGGAGAACCGACACUUGCUUGCUAUCAGGGAUACCUCACUUCGGUCAGCGAAACAGGAGGUUUCCAACAUCCGAAAUUGUGGGAUAAGGUGUCCGACCGUGGGCUGACUUUACUCGAUAUUGUCCGCGCCAAUCUUCCGGACGCAGAGUUCGCGUUUCUUUCCGCCUGCCAUACUGCUGAACAACCGCAUGGUGGCGCCCACGACGAAGUACUCCAUCUCGCUGCGGCGAUGCAGUUCUCUGGCUUUCGAAGCGUGAUUGGAUCGAUGUGGGAGCUGCUUGACGAAGAUGGGCCUUUUUUCGCCAAGACUGUUUACGGGCACAUGCUCGACUGUGACGAGGACGAGGCGAGGUUUAAGCGGGCAGCUGCCGGGCUUCGCAAAGCGGCUGUAGAGUUGAGAGCGCGAGACGGCAUUCAGACUGAGAGAUGGGUCAACUUGAUUCACAUAGGCGUUUGA